AUGUACUUUCCCGGGGACCAGGACCCGACUCAGGAACGCUUCCACACACCGGCGCAGCGCGCACUGCGCUGCCACCAAAUUCGUCAUUCAGUUGGCGCCAUGACCAUCCUUCAACUGGAGAUACCCGGUCAGAUACGAGGGCACCACUUCACAUGCUCUUUCCCGUACGCCGGAGACGUGCCACUCAAUCUCGAUCCUGUCAGACUCCGGAGGCGCCGGCUCGGCAGUCAUGACGACAACGGAGUGGGGAGACCCGGCUACACGGAGCUUCGCUUUGCCCAUCAAGGUAUCAAGCACUCUCACAUGGCAGACCCCACGCAAUACCACAGGACACCAUCAUGA